UUCCAUCUCCCUUGCUUCAACUCAUUAAAAAAAAAAAAAGAACUUCACAACAAAAAUGGAAAACAAAACAAGUUACAAUCUUCUUCUUCUUCUUGCUUCACUUAAUCUUGCAUUCUUGUUCUCUUCAUGUUCUGCAAGUGCCAGUAGUUUCAAUGUCGUCUCAUUCGGGGCGAAGGCCGAUGGAAAAAGUGACUCUACCAAGGCGUUUCUUGAUGCUUGGGCUCAGGCCUGUGGCUCGGCAACUGCUGCAACCGUUUAUGUUCCGAAGGGGAGGUUCUUGCUUCGUAAUUCGGUGUUUGCAGGCCAAUGCAAGAGCACAAAAAUCACUGUAAGGAUUGAUGGGACGCUGGUUGCUCCAUCUGAUUAUAAUGUUAUUGGAAAUUCGAAGUAUUGGCUUCUCUUUCAGCAAGUUAAUACAGUCACCAUUAAUGGUGGCAUUCUUGAUGGGCAAGGAACUGGCUUGUGGGCAUGCAAAAACUCUGGAAAAAGUUGCCCUGGUGGUGCCACGUCAAUAAGCUUUAUGAAUUCCAACAACAUUGUCAUCAAUGGAUUAACAUCACAAAACAGCCAACUUUACCACAUUGUUUUCAAUGGUUGCAACAAUGUGAAGAUGCAAGGCGUCAGGAUUUCAGCCUCCAGGACAAGCCCCAACACUGACGGCAUUCAUGUCCAGUUAUCGACCAGCGUCUCGAUCUACAACACCAGGAUCGCAACCGGUGAUGACUGUGUCUCAGUUGGCCCCGGAACCGCCAACCUGUGGAUUGAAAAUGUUCAAUGUGGCCCUGGACAUGGAAUCAGCAUUGGAAGUUUGGGCAAGCAUUUGGAAGAGCCUGGAGUGCAAAAUGUGACAGUUAAAACUACAACAUUUACUGGUACUCAAAAUGGAGUCAGAAUAAAAUCUUGGGGGAGACCAAGCAAUGGAUUUGCGAGGAACAUUCUCUUUCAACAUGCAGUGAUGUCAAAUGUCCAGAAUCCCAUCAUUAUUGAUCAAAAUUACUGUCCUGACAAUAUAAAUUGCCCUGGCAGGGUUUCAGGUGUAAAAAUAAGCGAUGUAACAUACCAAGACAUUCAUGGAAGCUCUGCAACAGCAGUGGCCGUGAAGUUUGAUUGCAGUUCAGAGUAUCCAUGCUCCAGGAUAAGAAUGGAAAACGUGAAGCUUACAUACAACAAUCAAGUGGCAUCAGCAUCUUGCAGCCAUGCUGAUGGAACGUCUUCUGGUUUAGUUCAACCCACCAGUUGCUUGUAGCAGGCAAAAGCUAUUGAAUUAUGUAUUAACUGGAUCCAUUUUAGUGUAGGUUUAUUACUUGAGCCUAUGGCUUUGCCCUUCCUCUGGGCUUACUUGGACCCUGGCCUUGCAUCCAGCAUUUGUUCGUACAAACCCCUUUUUGUUGUUUGUCUUCUCACAAUUAUAGUAAUAUCAUUGAUUGCUAGUUUUUUCA